UUGGUAGGAGAGGAGGAAUGAGUCUCUGGCUCAGAAACUUCAAAGCAAAGAGUGAUAGAAUAUGGAUGAGUGGAGCCUACCGAUCUCAACGACAACCGCGGCUUCUUUCUUAUUCCUCUGUCAACUCCCCACAAUACUUGGUGUUUUCAUCAGCAUCAAAACAAACGUAAUCUGGGUUCUAAACUUUUUGAUACGCGUCCCAGGACAUGGGGUUGGGGGGUAUUAUAAAGGAUUGGAGUCAGUGGGUUUAGCGUGGAAAGUUCAACUCCAAGGAAGACUUUCCCACUCGAAGAAUGACCUUGCCUUUUAUUGCCUUCACCGAAACCUUGGCAUGUUUUUUUCUUUAGUGUCUCAGAGGAAGAAUUUCAGUUUUGCUGCACUGGAUUUGGCUUCAGGGUCAGCUGUUGAGGAAUCAGGAAGUCCUCUGCAAGUUGAGGUGGAUUCAAUGGACGGCAAUAUUGGAAUGGAAGAUGUUGGGACGGCAGUGCUGCAGGAACUGUGGAAUAGAGUGACCCUUCAAGCUAUGGUGUUUGUUGGUGAAACAAGUGACAUGGUGUUUGAAAAGGGGUUCUUCCAAGAAUUUUCCAAGAGCAUAUCUGAGCUAAGGGUCCUCUUGCAAGCCUUGAAUGUUGAGAAGGUUGAAGCAGCAAUGAGUGUGAGACCAACGAAAACCGCAUUGGAGACCUUGGAUUCUCAGCUGAAGAGAGCCUGCAAGAUCAUCAAAGACUACAAAUCCAGGAGCCGCCUCAGUGUCUUACUUCAGUCGCGAUCUGUGCUCUCACAGAUGAAAGCUUUGGCUGAAGAGAUUGCUAAGACAAUAUCUUCAUGGCAACUUGUCAAUCUCAAUAUCUCCGUCAAUUUAAAAUCCAAGACUGAACAAAUAAUUAACAGUCUGAGUUCAAUGGAGUUCCAUUCAGCGGUUGCAACAGAAUCCCUUGCUACAGAGAUAGAGAAAUUGAUAAAUGAGAAUGGCAGGAACCGACAAAAUGCUAUAAAGCUCCUGCAGAAGAUUGGAGAAGCAGUUGGUGUGAGCUCAAAUGCAUCCCUGGUUCAGAAUGAGCUGGCACUUUUGAAGAAGGAGAAAGAAGAGAUGGAAGCUCAAAAGAAACAGGCAGAGGCAUUUCAGUUAUCUCAACUGAUGCAGUUUUUGUAUAGUACAGAAAUUGUUAUGAGCCCUCAAGAUGAGGAAAUUGCUGCAUACCAUCACCAAUAUCCAACUGAGUCUUUCAGAUGCCCAUUGUGCAAAGAGAUGAUGAGUGACCCAGUUGCAAUCGUCUGUGGGCACAGCUUUGAGAGGAAGGCGAUUCAGGAACAUUUCUGGAGGGGAGAGAAGACCUGCCCCAUAUGCAGAGAAAGGCUCAGGUCCACGGAGCUUACUCCAAAUCUUUCGCUUCGGAGCUCUAUAGAAGAAUGGAAGCAAAGAGACAUGGACUUAAAAUUCCAAGCUGCACUUCCUGGAAUCACCUCCAAUGACCACUCUAUACAGAACAGGGCCCUGGAGGAGAUGCAAGUUCUGAUGGAAAGGCCACGCUAUACAGAAAAAGUUGCAGAGGAAGGCCUCAUCUCAAAAUUUGUGGAAAUGCUCAAGAACAAUCAGCCAAACAGAAUUGCUGCACUGAAAUGCCUUUUUUACUUGGCUAAAUACUGUGAUAAUCACAAGGAGGCCAUCAUUGAAGCAGGAGCUGUUCGCUGCAUUGUGAGGCAGUUCUAUAAAGGUGAAGCAGAACCUGAUGCUGUUGCAGUCUUGUUGGAGCUGUCAGCAAGAGAAGCCCUUGCAGAAAAAAUAGGGAAUAUCAGAGACUGCAUUCCUGUUUUGGUAUCUUUGCUCAAUUACAGUAAUCCUGAUGUGUCACAGAAAGCCCGUAAGGUGUUGCAGAACCUCUCCUACAACACUCACUUUGUAGUCAAGAUGGCUGAAGCCGGAUACUUCCAACAAUUUGUUGCCUGCUUCAACCAAGGACCCCAUGAAACCAGAGCAUCGAUGGCUGCGGCCUUAAUACAAAUGGAACUCAAGGGGAACAGCAUUAGGGAAUUAGAAGACAAAACAUUCAUACACAACCUAGUCCAAAUGCUUUCAUCAAGUUCUCGAGCAUGCAUUUCAGCUGGCCUCAAAUUAAUCAAGAAGCUCGUAGCUUUCCCUAGGAUGGUAAAGCGGCUUCUGGCAGAUCCUGCCACAGUACCACCUUUGCUUGGCCUCAUCUCAAUUGUCAAGACCGACCCACGCUGGAACCAAGAAGCUGCUGCAAUCCUUGCUCUACUGGUGGAAGGCAGUCAGUUCACUGAACACCAGAUGUAUCAGGGUUUGCAGGAAUUGCAAUCACAGCACAAUAUCAAUCUCUUUUUGCAGCUCAUAGCCAGUUCUGAUCCCCAAACCAAGGUUCAGCUUUUGCACUUGCUGGUUGUUCUGGGCAAUAAAUUCGAAAUGGCUAGAAACCUGAUACGAACAGAUAAUGAAGCAAUUUCCUACCUUUUUUCUUCCCUUGAAGGUGAUCAGCCUGAGGUGAAACUAUGGGCUAUGAAACUCGUAUACUGCAUUUCUGAAGGUCAUCCUGCUGGUGUUCCACUUCCACCAUCCCCUGCAAAAGAAACAGCCAUCAAAACCCUGGCAAACAUCCUUUCAAAUUCACCCAAUAUUGAAGAAAGAUCCACUGCAGCUGGAAUCAUCAGCCAGCUUCCCAAUGAUGAUAUCAUCAUUGAUGAGAUACUAUGUAAAUCAGAGGUAUUAAAAGCCAUUCAUGGAGUGAUUUGCAACCUUGAUGAGGAAAGCGAUGGGACCAGAGCACCAGACAAUUCAGACGCAUCCUUACUGGAGAAUGCUCUGGCAGCACUACUACGCUACACAGAACCCACUAAGCCACAACUUUAUAGGCAAGUGGGCAAGCUUGAAUUGUAUCCAUUGCUGGUUCGCAUCCUAUCUAGGGGCAGCUCGCUAGCCAAGCAGCGGACAGCCACUGCACUUGCCCACCUAUCCCGAUCAACCAGCUUGUCAAUCUCUGAUUCAACUAUCACGCGACAACAAGCUUUUCCACUGCCAAAUGUAAUGAAGUUCUUCUCCGGUAUGUCCUGUUGCAGCUCAGGAAUGGCAGAAUGUGUAAACCUGUGUAGGGUUCAUGGUGCUGCUUGUUCAUCAAGGGACACAUUCUGCCUUGUCAAGGUGGAUGCACUGAAGCCACUAGUGCAAAAUUUGAGUGAGAAAGAAUCUGGUGUGGCAGAGGCUGCUUUGAUGGCACUUGAAACUCUGCUAACAGACCACAGCACACUUCCCCAUGCAACUGCUGCCAUUGUGGAUAGCCAGGGAGUGGUGGCCAUUCUCCAAGUCCUGGAGAAGGGCGAUUUGCCUGCCAAAAUCAGAGCCCUAGACCUGUUCCAGAAGAUCCUGGAGCAUACAAGGAUGAAUGGCCCAUUAGCUGAGAGGGCUGAAAGGAUCCUUGUCCAGCUCCUACAAGAUGAUGAUCUCAGGAAGAAAGUGGCUUUGGUGCUCAAGCAGAUGGGCAUCCUACCGGAGCAGUCUUCCUACUUUUAAGUUGGUUUCUUCUUGUACAUUGUAAACCAGGAAAGUGGGGUGGGGGUGGAAAUUGAUCUAGAAUUAGAUUACAAAAAGGGAACCUGUAAACUGACCAGGUCAACUUGUAUAACCAUAUACAUAUGACAUGUCUGAUUUUUAAUGAGGCAUUAUCUUGAUUGUAUUCUUGCAAUGGAAAGGAAUAAAUGGAGGAGUUUAUAACUUUUCUCUAA